GCUGUCACAUUUGCUCGUAUCGUCAGUUUUGCCGCCAACGGACGGUUCGCCGCGCAUUUUCGAGCUUCUGCUGUUUCUAGAAGUAAAAAACGAAAGAGUUCGAUUCCAAAGAUCCGUCCAUCGUAGUGUGCGAUAAACUGGUUCCAAUCGAGUGAAGUUUACAAAAUUGUGAUGUGCUAGAAGAGGGUGCGUUUGUGGUGAGGAUGAGUCUGUCGAAAUCUACUGCCAGGACCGGUUCCGGCUGUUGCUUCAUCUGCAAGAGUCCGGAGGAUGACGAACUUUAUUACGGGAAGUUUAUCGGCAAGUGGCGCAUCCAGGUGCAUUAUUACUGCUUGCUCUUGACGUCGAAUCUGGUCCAGAAUGGGGAGACGGAUGAUGUGGGGAUGUUUGGGUUUCUGCAGGAGGAUAUUCGGGCGGAGGUGGCGCGUAUCAAGUCGCAGAAGUGCUACGUGUGCAAAGCACCGUACGCGAACAUUUCGUGCUGCGCCAAGAAGUGCUUCCGGACGUUCCAUACGGUUUGUGGGCGGCAGGCCGGAUGUUUGAAUCACUACGUGGACACUUAUCAGUCGUGGUGCGACAAGCACGUUGAGAUUGACGAUGGAGCGCGGCAUGGCGAGGAGGAUGCGUGUGGAAUCUGCUACGAGGAGCUGGGCGGCUGGAACAAGGUGGAAUCGAUCCGGGCUCCGUGCUGUCAGAAUGGCUGGUUCCAUCGGCGGUGUGUGGCUCAGUUUGCCCAGUCGGCGGGGUACUUUUUCAAGUGUCCGUUGUGCAACAAUAAUACGGACCAGUUCAAGCAAGCGAUUCAGCGCCGUGGGGUCUAUAUUCCGGAGAAGGACGCCGCCUGGGAGUUGGAACCGAACGCGUUUGACGAGCAACUGGAGCGGCCAUCGGAAUGCGACGCCGAGGUUUGUCAGUGUCCGAAAGGGCGCGACUUCGACACCUUGAACGGCAAGUGGGACCUGCGACUGUGCGAGACUUGCGGGUCAACCUGUCGCCAUGACCUUUGCAUGGAGGUUCCAACGAAGAAUUACGUCUGCACGUUUUGCCGACCGAUCGUAGGUGACGAACCGCCUGCCGCUGUUCUCGCCCUGGUCGAGGAAUCCCGCCGGGCGGAAGCAGCCCGUCGCAGGGCCUCAACCUCCUCCGAUAUCAGCAGCAGCACGUCGAGUUCUUCCACGAUUCGCCCCCGAGCUCGCGGCCGUCACGCCCAACGACUUCGCUCACUCAGCACCAGCUCACGCUGCAGCACCUCAACGUCCUGCUCCUCCUCCUCCGAUAUCGUCGCCCGGAAGAAAUCAAAAAAACGACCACUCUCAUCCGACUCCGACUCGGACUGCGACCUGCACGACCUCAUCCGCAAACUCCCGCUCCGCCGCGAAGCUCGCGACAAGCUCCUCAACGACCGGGUCGUCAUCGCCCUGGAAAAACUCACCGCCGACCAGAUCCGCCAGCUGUCCAAACCACCCCCAAAGACCCAAACCCACCUCCCCUCUUCCCAAAGCAGCGAAGACGCCAAGUUCGACUUCAACUACCGCGCCAAGAUGAACAAGGAGAAGCGCCGCAAGUCGGUCGCCGAUCUGGGCUUCCUGCGGCAGGUCAUCCGCUCGGACACGGACACGCUGACCACGACCGACGACAACCAGCAGGUGGAGGGGGCGGCGAAGAAGGACGCCCGGACGCCCUCGCGCAAGACCGGCGGCAGCUUUGCCAAGCAGUUCAAGCAGCGGUUGGGGGCCAUUGGCGGGGCCAAGACGGUGAGUUCCGCUUCGCGGAAGCGGAUCAUUUCAAGCAGCGAGUCGGAUCCGGAGGGGGUGCCCGUCAAGAAGGCCUGCCCCGCGUCCGCACCGUCGCACAACAAAUCCAAGAGCCGCAUCUCCCUGUUCCCGCCGGACGAUUCGGAAAACACGUGCCCCAACAGUCCGCGCAAGCAGACUUCCGUUGUUCCCACGGCAACCGAAAGUGACCCCUCUGUGGCCAUGGCCGCCAUCGCAUCUCCUCCCGCUCCAGUUGAGCCCAAAAGUGGCGACCCAAAGCCGGGCAGCACGGCCAAGAAGAACCAAACGACGCUGAACAGCUUCUUCAAAAAAUCGCCGGAAGAAUCGAGCGAUGGAAGUGGAAGCUCGCUGGCCAGUGCAAUUCCGACCUCUGCCGGGGAGAGUAAAAGUGCGCGCACGACGAAGCACAGCGCCGGAGGGGCGAGGAAAAAGCUGGUGGAAUUGGACCGAAGCCAGCGUAACCUUUUGGAUUUCUUCAAUAGAUGUUGAUUGCAUUUGGAUACUGGAAAUUGUUUAUAAUAAAUUUUAUUCAAAUAUUUUUUGAAACAUCUGGGUUGGAGAGAAAAGUUUAAAGUUGUUUUGAUCGAUGAAUAAAUCGAAAA